UAAUCUCAAGGAAUUGAUUUGAUAAAAUUGUAUGAAAGCAUAUAACGUGUUAUUGGUUGAUUUACAAAAGCCUUUUCCGGAGCGGCAAAUAAAUGUGAAACGUUAACCGUAUGCAAUAGUAGCUUAAACAGUUAGUGUAGAAAAUCCAAUAUGGUGACAGUUGUAGAGCGGUUUUGGCUCUGUUCUCUAAUUUAAGAUAAGAAUUUAAGUAUAAUGCGACGAAAGUAAUAACAAUAAUGAAAAUUCGAUUGAAAACAUAGUGAUCAAUGAAAAAAUUCUCAUGUCAUAUAAAUAUAUUGUAUAGGUGAUCACUAAAAAAAUUCUAUUUCUCCAGGGACAGUGGCUGGAACUUUGCCACACACUUUUGUCCUUAGAGUUGUAUUUAAAGAUUGAAAAAAUUUCUUCAUUGAGAAAUGGAGUGUGUAAAAGUAGAAGGUGAUACGGAAACUAACGACACCGAUCCUACGAAAAGCAAAAUUAAAGAUAAAAAUGAAAGUUGUGUAACAGAUGUUUUGGCCUUAGAUAUUAACAAUCGUUUGACUCUUGCAACAACUGAAAUUUCCGAAGAACCUCAUACAAAUGGUAUUUCUCAAGAAAACGGUCUAUGCGAUUCUUUUUCUAGAACAACCGAUUCAUCCAAUCAUCCUCCACAAUCUCAAACAAUGGAAACUAGUCAUUUAAAUCAACAUGAAAAAAUGGAAACACUAUCCUCGGAAAGUAAUGAUAAUGAUAUUGAAUAUGUUAGUUAUACGAGCGAACUUCAAAUGCCUGAUAUAAUGAAAUUGAUACAAAAAGACUUAAGUGAACCAUAUUCUAUUUACACGUAUAGAUAUUUUAUCCAUAACUGGCCGAAGUUGUGCUUCCUGGCAAUGCAUGGCGACGAGUGCGUUGGCGCCAUUGUCUGCAAACUGGACAUUCACAGAAAGGUUAUUAAACGUGGAUAUAUUGCGAUGCUAGCAGUCGAUGUUAAAUAUCGAAAACGCAAGAUUGGAUCUAAUUUAGUGAGGAGGGCAAUACGUGCAAUGGUAGAGGAUGAUGCUGAUGAAGUAGUAUUAGAGACUGAAAUAACUAAUCGACCAGCCCUACGGUUAUAUGAAAAUUUGGGAUUUGUGCGUGACAAACGAUUGUUUCGAUAUUAUUUAAAUGGAGUGGAUGCUUUACGACUGAAAUUAUGGUUUAGAUGAAAACCGCCAGAGUGCUUAUGCCAAUAGGAACUUAAAUAAUUGCAGUGUUAUUGAGCAAAAGAUUAACAUCCUUUCUCGAGCAGAUAUAUAACAGCGUUAAUGCCACAGGGAUUAAUGUCUACGCACAAUUUCUUUAUAUUUACUUUUCAUCAAGUUGUAAUAAUAAUAAUAGAUUGCAUAAGUAUUUAUGCUAUCAUAGACUAGAAAUAUUUAUAAAAAAUUGUGCAACACGACAAAAUUUACUCGAAUAUACAUAAAGUCAUUUAUAUCUAACAUUAAUCAAUAUUAAAAUUUUGGCAUAAUUUAAUUCUUGAUAAAAAUUGAUAAUCUCUUUUCAUUAAAGUUAUUAUAUAUGUUAAUUUUUAAGUUUUUCUCAGAUCGUUAAUUAACAAUAAUCGCUAUGGCAUUGAUGCUGAUCUUUUAUAUAGAUUUCAAUUAAAGCCUAUGACUCUACAUAAAUCUGAAAAAGUGAUAGGAUGGAAUAAAUCCAGACUGUGAAAGAAAAAAAAAAUAAAUAUAUAUAUAUAUAUAUA